CGCUGACAGCAUAAUCUAACCACACUUGGCAUGGUUGGCAAGUUAUGAAGAUUGAGGAUUGUGCUGAUGUGGUGUUCCCAGAUAAGUCAAAUAGGGGAUGGGACGAGGCGCAAACAGGAAGGUCAAUACUGUCACGAUUUCGUGAGAUUCGAUGAAUGAAGCAUGCAGUUAUCCUGACAAGGGGAAAAGUUGCUGCACCAGCGCACAGGAUUAUGUAUGGGAUAGAUCUAGGUGUCAGUAAGAGAACAAAAGGGAGCGCUAAGCCAUUAGAAUGGUGGAGAAGGAAGGGCAUGAAUAGCAAAGAAAUGAUUUUGGGGCGUUGGGGAAAAAAGUUAAAGGAGAGAGAGGCUCUAUUUGCAGUUUGCUUCAACAGUGCCAUAAACCAGUCAUGGGGGAGGGAGUGGACCGAUGACAGCUCGGAGGAGAGAAAGAACAAACUGAAAAAGUGGAAGAGGAUGGAGAGUGGGUGAUUGAAUGGCGAAACUAUGUGCAUGGUGCAAGGACCCCAUCCAAAAAGACACAAAAUAGUUGAUUUAGAAAUUUUAGACCCAAGGGGUCGGACUCCUUUGCACCUGGCAGUGACGCUAGGCCACCUGGACUGUGCCCGUCUAUUACUCCAGUAUGGCGCCGACGUCAGCAAAGAAAACCGAAAUGGAUGGACAGUGUUGCAGGAAGCCAUCAGCACACGUGACCCCGAGAUGGUGAGGCUGGCGCUGCGUUACCGUGACUACCAGCGCACCUCUAAACGAUUGGCCGGGAUCCCACGGCUGCUGGAGAGACUGCGACAGGCACAGGAUUUUUAUGUGGAGAUGAAAUGGGAGUUUACGAGCUGGGUUCCACUAGUGUCUCGUAUCUGUCCGAGUGACACAUAUCGGGUGUGGAAGAGUGGUCAGUGCCUGCGAGUGGAUACUACACUCAUGGGAUUUGAACAAAUGACCUGGCAAAGAGGCAAUCGCAGUUUCAUAUUCAAGGGUCAAGACUCUAGCGCUACGGUAAUGGAAGUGGAUCAUGACAGACAGCUGGUGUUUUGCGAGACGCUCCCAAGCCUGUCUUCCUCCUCUUCCUCUCCUGCCUCCCCUUCCUCUAGGCAGUGCACUACCUCUUUAAACCUUCUCGGGGCGCUGCAGCCCAGCGACAAACAGGUGGCGGCACGACUGUCUGCUCCUGUGGUUGCCACGCAGCUUGACCCCAGGAACAUCUCUUUUGAGAGGAAUAAAACUGGGAUUCUUGGCUGGCGGAGUGAAAAGACAGAGAUGGUGAAUGGGUACGAAUCAAAGGUUUAUUGCGCCUCUAACGUAGAAUUGAUCACACGGACACGUACUGACCAUCUCACCGACCAGAACAAAACAAAAGCUAAAGGCGGUAAGACGCCUCUGCAGUCAUUCCUGGGUAUUGCCGAACAGCAUGUGGGGCCAAACAAUGGACACACUAUGGUGACUCAGAUCUCGUGCCCUGUUACGAACCCUUCGGCCCUGACGGCUGAGGAAUACUUUAAUCCCAGUCUGAGUCAGAGUCCGAGAGACAUCGGCCAGCCCUGUCACCUCACCACCAAAACACAAAGAUUCAAAGCUAAGCUGUGGUUGUGUGAAUCGCAUCCUUUAUCUCUGGCGGAGCAGGUCGUUCCUAUCAUUGACCUCAUGGCCAUCUCCAACGCCCUGUUUGCUAAACUUCGGGACUUCAUCACCUUACGCCUGCCCCCUGGAUUCCCUGUCAAGAUAGAAAUUCCCAUCUAUCACAUCCUGAACGCUCGCAUCACCUUCGGGAACCUGAAUGGCUGUGAGGAGGGUGGAGUGCUUCGGGUGGAGGGUGAAGGACAGAAGGAGAGUCCCAAGACUGAGACCCCGUCUCCAGGCAGUGACUCCUCCAGCGUAUCCAGCUCCAGUUCCACGAGUAUGAAUCAACCUGCCUACAAAUACUCAGGUCGUGGAUGGGAGAUUCCACCCAGUGUGUUUGAAGCUCCGCGAGGCUACAGCAUGUUAGGAGGAAACCAGAGACAGAACAUAAGAGAAGAAGAAGAUGACCUGCUGCAGUACGCCAUACAACAGAGUCUGAUAGAAGCUGGAUCAGAGUAUGACCAGGUGACCAUCUGGGAAGCUUUGACCAACAGUAAACCGGGAACGCACCCUUCGUCCUGUGACCCGAACCGCCUUGAAAGAACCCCACAGCACAAACCCAGCCCUGCAGAGAGCCCUCGAAGCACACCGACCAAUAAGCCACCACGCAGCUACAACGAGCAGCUGCGUUUAGCCAUGGAGCUGUCCGCCCGCGAACAGGAAGAGGCGGAGCUUCGUCAAAGACGAGAGGAAGAGGAGCUGCAACAUAUCAUACAGCUGUCACUCAUGGAGAAGUGACCAAGCUCCAGAGCUUACGGGAAACUAAGGGGUGGGAGGAGCAUGCCUGGGGAUGUAUAACGAAUGUGAGCUGCGAUUGGUCGAUUGGUUCAAAUGCCCCGCCCUCUUCUUCCACUGAGCUGGAUACCGGCACAGAUCUCUGGGCCUGUCUUCACUUUGAAAGUUUACAACCACACGCCACAAACUAAACCCACUAACUGACCAGUACUAAUCUGGUGCUCUCUUGGACAGCAGGGCCAGUCUGUGCUGCGUACCUUAGCGUUGUUUUUUAAAAGCCAUCGCUCAGCCAGAGACUCAGUGGUAGUGCUGAGUUCUGAAGGAAAUGUCACUUUUUAGUUUUACGCAGGCACAUUUUGGUUUUAAACAGGCACAUUGUCUGCUCUUGGAAAGGGGAUUGAGAAUAGAGGCACUUACAUCAUAAUAGAGAAAAACAUGUUUGUAAAAGCAAUGUUUGAUUUCUCUAGUGUGUAAGCACCCUGAAGGGAACAUCUGACAGCUGAUCGGCAGCUAUUCUCUGUUCUUUAUGUCAACAGCAUGAUUUAUUAUUAUUAUUAUUAUUAUUAUUACUAUCAUCAGCCAGAUUGAUUAUUAUUAAUUAUUGUAAUACGAACUGAAACUAAUACAGAAUGAAAAAGAUAACCAUUUUCAGGUACAUAAAUGAUUCUUUUAAAUAUGAAUCAGAUCUUUGCAAUAUUCAUAAUUUAUUUCCUACAUGCAACAAACACAUACAACACAGUGUGCACGCUUUUUAAAAAAUGGUGCUAAAGUGACCUUUCUUAUCACAUCUUGGGUACGUGUAAUUGUAAUCUGUCGGUUGAAUCACUCAACAACAAACAAACGAGUCCUUGUUUUGUUUAAGUUUCCUUCACGGCAUCAAUUCAGUGCUUCCUUCAACAUUACCAUUAGAGCUUAUUGCCCUUAACAGAUUGGUCUUUGGAGCGAAACACCUGCGGUAGUUCAUCAAAAAUCCUAUUGUGCUUUCAUAAGAGGUGGCAGAUCUAGAAUAAAACCAUUUGCUCACAGAGAUAAAGCCCUGAGAGAUACAACAAAAUGUUUUGGAGAAUCUUAAAAUAGACGUUUCUCUGAUUUAUUUUGGGCCUGAGUGAUGUGCCUUCAGGGUUUGAAGUAUCAGGUGAGCCUGAAAAACAAGAAAACACGGCCAUACCGAAAAGCACAAGGCAUUGGGAAACAUAGAUGUUUUCAGAGAAAAUAUACGAGUCUGUUCAGUAGUGAAGCUCUGAAAAGAACAUGUAGGUGAUAUUUUGCAAUUGGGUUCUGUCACUGAAGAAAUGUUUGAUAUAAAUCAACUGUUUAGUACAACAUUAUGAGAACAUUAUUUAUAUUUAAAGGUUUUUUUUGUUGACGCAAUGGUUUGUGUGGAGUGCUGCUGUAGUAUUUGUAUGUGUG